AUGUCUUCCAAUAAUAGAAAGAAACUGCUACUUAUGGGCCGUUCUGGGUCUGGGAAGUCUUCGAUGAGAUCAAUUGUUUUUAGCAAUUAUUCAGCAUUUGAUACUAGAAGGUUAGGGGCCACUAUUGAUGUAGAACAUUCACAUUUGAGAUUUUUGGGGAAUAUGACUUUGAAUUUAUGGGAUUGUGGUGGGCAAGACGUUUUUAUGGAAAAUUAUUUUACUAAGCAAAAAGAUCAUAUUUUCCAAAUGGUCCAAGUUUUGAUUCAUGUAUUCGAUGUGGAGUCUCAAGAAGUUAUAAAGGAUAUCGAGAUUUUUACUAGAGCCUUAAAAGAACUGAAGAAAUAUUCACCUGAUGCUAAGAUAUUUGUUUUAUUGCACAAAAUGGAUUUAGUUCAAUUGGAUAAGAGGUAUGAACUUUUUGAGAUUAUGAUGAAAAAACUGCAGCAAGCAUCUGCUGAAUAUGGAUUUCCUCAUCUAGUAGGGUACCCAACCUCUAUAUGGGAUGAAAGUUUAUACAAAGCUUGGUCUCAAAUAGUGUGUUCCCUAAUUCCAAACAUCGGCGUUCAUCAAGCUACUCUAAAAAAAUUACAAAAUACAUUAAAUGCUGUGGAAAUCAUUCUUUUCGAGAGAUCAACGUUCCUGGUAAUAUGUUCAAGUAAUUCUACAAAUGUAUACACAAGUGAUAAUUCAGCAUUAAAAAACAUAAAUAACUCAAAGAACGACACUAUAGAAAAGAAUAACAAUGGCCAACAACUAAUACUGGAUCCUAAGCGGUUCGAAAAAAUCUCCAAUAUUAUGAAGAAUUUCAAACAAAGUUGCAGUAAAUUAAAAUGUGGAUUCAAAAUUUUAGUCUUAAAUGAUAAUAUUUAUGUCUCCGAGUUAUCAUCUAAUAUGAUCUGCUUUAUGGUUUUAAAAGAUUCCAACGUUCCUCAUGAAUUAAUAUUAGAGAAUAUAAGGAAAGCAAAGCAAUAUUUUUAA